AUGGGAUUGUUGAAAGAAAGCAUCAACAUUUGCUCCAAGUCACCAGAGCAAUCUUGUAAGAGUCUUGUCUUCCACAUCGCUACUGGGACUUGGCAGCGAACUUUUUCUGUGAGUAUUGCAUCAUCCGUUGAGCCAAAACAUUAUGAAAAAGCUGUGACCGAAUCUUGUUGGAGGGAUGCUAUUUCAGCUGAGCUGGAAGCCUUGAAUACAAAUAAGACUUGGGUGAUCACUUCUUUACCUCCAAGCAAGAAACCAAUAGGUUGUAAAUGGGUCUUCAAAUUGAAAUUGAAACCCGAUGGCAGCAUUGAGAGACAUAAAGCGAGGCUCGUAGCAAAAGGGUACAAUCAAAGACAAGGAUUUGACUUCUUUGAUACUUACAGCCCGAUUGCAAAAAUGACUACACUCAAGAUUCUCUUAGCCUUAGCAGUAGUAAAGGGUUGA